AUGAGACUACUGCCGCUAGGUUAUCUGUCCGUGGUAUUCACUCCGAUUUUAUGUGCUAUUCCAGCAUAUACAGAUAUCGUGGCCAGAAAACCAGGCCGCUCACCAAGACCUCAAGCUGAAGGAGAGCAGGUCAUCAGGAGUGCUUUAUACGCCCGACGUGAUGAUGAAAGAAGCCUUCAGUCAUACGACUCUGGUGUACUCAGCCUUGACAGAAGUUGGGAAGACUUAACAUUACUGAAAUUGGACCUCCCCAAUGAACGAGAAUCUAGCUCGAACACAAGCAUUAAAACCAAUGUCGGCCUCGAAAUAACUUGUCAAGAGUGCUACGUCAAAGGCGACGCCCGAGUCACGCUUACCUUCGAAGAUCCGUUCAACCACACCGCUUAUAUCGAGAAUAUCAAGGGCGAGAUUCAAAACUUUACUUCCGAAGUCAUUGAUGCUGCCAAAAACAUUACACAAGCGUUGUUAUCAGGAGACUUCGAUCUCUCAGAUGUCAAGGUAGAAUUCACGGACAUUGACAUUCCAGAUCCCAAGGCCACUUUACGUAUUGGCUUGGAUGGACUUGACAUAUAUGCAUUGCUGAAUGCGAAGCUAUCUGCUGGAGCUACAUAUACUCAAAACCUGCUCCAUACAAACACCGAAUUUGGUCUGAGUGCGAAUUCAGAUCUGUGGUUAGGUGCGGUCAUUUUUGUUGACCUGGUGUUGAGCGCUGAAGCCGAGAUCAACCUCGAGAGUGGGUUUCAUAUCGAAUUCGAUGAUGAGAUCGUGAUUGAAAUCCCCAUGUUCGAUGAGAACGUCACGAAUAUUGCCUUCAAUGGAGGUUUGAUCGAGUUUCUGCCUGUCAAAUUCAGAGGGGCGAGCGCUGCUCUGAAGGCAGCCUUGCAAGUUUCAGCACGAGUUGGCUUUAAUAUUGACCAGUCGCUCGACACCCCUUCCACGGUCGAUACGGUAUGUGAAGCUUUUGAAAACGACACAUGUCCAGAUCUCUCCUUUAGCACUGGAGUCGAAGUAGCUGUCUACGCAACUUUGUUUGAGUCAGAGACCGUCGUCACGGGAGAUUUAGAAGACGAGAGUUGCGCACUGAAUAUCAAUCAGACAUUUCAAUUUGCCGUGGGAGCCAUCGCUGGUGCUUCUGUGGCACUGGGAGAUUUGACCCUUGGCCCAGAACUCGAGAUAUCGACCGCUAUCUUUACGGCCACGUUUGGGACAUGUGCACUCUCAAUUGCAGCUGCGACCACGACGCCCGCAUCCCAGACAAUCACAGCACGGGGCGAGAUAGCCAAGAGAGAGACGACCGUCCUGAGCACCGAGGUAGCAGUCACCGCCGUGAGAUGUGAGUCUGCUGGCAUGGUGAACUGUCCGGUCUCGCUGCAGACAAUGACUGUGUACAUGACCACGCUGUCACUGACCACCGACAUCAAGGACGGCGACGAAGAGCCCACAUUCCCAGCAUCUACGCGAAACACCAUCGUCACAGCCAUCCCAUUCGGAUCGCAUGCGAAGCGAAUACCCAGCACAACGGGUCUACCCAAGGCAUUCACCGCACAGCUCUCUUCAGACCCGGAGGACCCAUUCGGCUACGGAGACGACGAUUCGACAGGCUCCUCAAGCAACGACGGCGACGGAGCAGGACACAAGGACAACAAAAGCCCAAUCAUAAUCGGCGUCACGGUCGGUCUCGGUGUCCCAAUCCUGGCAGGACUGGUUGGAAUAUUCAUAUUCCUCCGCCGACGCAAUGCUCAGCAAUCCAUGCAGGACGGGGUCCCCUCCACGACUCACGACACCGUUGCUCAGACGCAAACUGUAGGCGAUACGAGAGGCACAAUUCAGGACAGCAAUGCCAAAAAGACUGCCCAGGCGAUCAUCACUGAGGCAAGCGGCUGA